AUGGCACUGCAUGGCAUUACUGUAAGAGCGAUUCGCUUUCACAAUAGUAAGCAUCACAUUGGUAUACGCCAACAAAUUGGUCGUCUACUCUACCAGGUUUACAUAAAAGAGCAACAGUGGAAAUUGGAAUCGAACAAUCCGUCUGGUCUGCGCAUUGUAAGAAACAAUGAAUUGAUUGACAACAUUGAUGAGUCUGCCACUUGGUUUGUCGCCAUGAAGGAAGAUCAAUCAGUCAUUGGGUGUUGUCGUGUUGUUGAUAAGGAUCAAAUUGGUGGCCAGCAUGAAACACAAUGGUAUUUGACCAGGGACAGUCCUUCAUGGAAAACGAUCGAUUCGUUAUAUCCGUGCUUAGAAGGCAAUCGCAUGGCCGUAGCACAGAACUACCGUCGCUCAUUGGUUGGCACAAUACUAUUACAACAAACUAUGACCUAUAUCCAUACCGCACUUCCCGACUAUGGAAUGUUCGCAUGCACUGCUGAACCAGCUAUGCAAACGGCACUUGAACGUUUGGGUGCCGUCUGUGUUGGAACUCCAUUUCGACGAUCUUUAGCAACAUCUUAUCCAUCGAUCACUGAGAUCGAAUAUGCAUCCUAA